AUGCUCGCCUACAACGACAACACAACCUUCUUCGCAGACAAGGCGCCCAAAGGGCCAACGAAGAGCAAAGUCUUCGCAACUCAAGACGACCAUCCUCUCGAGCUAUCCAUCACAUGGAGAGAGGCUUGA